UAGCGUCCGAUUGAAGCGAAAUCACCGACAAGCCGCAACGCAUCGCCCUCCAUCGCCCAGGUACGAGGCCUACUCCCGUCUCCUCAAACCUUCCCAAAUGCGCCACCUCCCAUCCCAGCCCCUCCCUUCCCUUUAUUUAUUCCCACGCCAAACCCUCGCACAUGCCCUCCAGUCCCGCAUUCGCGGCGCCGAGGACAGCCAGGAAUCCUGGUGCCCUAGCAAAUCCAAGUAUAGCCGAAGGAGGAGAAUUUACGGUCGCGGCGCGGUUCGUGGGCGAAGGGGGUUGGUGGAGAAUGGGGCUCGGAUCUGGGCGCGGCCCCUUUGCGGGCGCGGGCGCAAGAAAACGAGGAGGGAGGACGGGAGACGGCAAGGUGGUGGGUGGUGGCGUUGGCGCGAUCCAGCGGCACGGAGUGGGUACCCUCCACCAGUACCUGGGCGAGGAAGGAGCAGCAGAGAUGGAUGGGGGUUAUAAUCACCAGCAAAGUCCUCCCAAGUUGCUAACUUUGCCCACGGUUCUCACGCUCGGCCGGGUGGUUGCGGUUCCCGUUCUCGUGAGCACUUAUCACAUGAAUGGCUGGUGGGCAACAACUGCAACAACUAUCAUCUUUCUUGCUGCAGCAUUCACAGACUGGCUAGAUGGUUAUAUUGCACGAAAGAUGAGGCUAGGAACGGCUUUUGGUGCUUUCUUGGAUCCUGUAGCUGAUAAGCUUAUGGUUGCUGCCACAUUAGUGUUAUUGUGUACAAAACCUGUGGAUAUUGCUUUAUUUGUUGAUGUACCAUGGCUUUUGACGGUACCAUCAAUCGCCAUUAUAGGUAGAGAGAUAACAAUGUCAGCAGUUAGAGAGUGGGCUGCAUCGCAAGGCAGUAGGGCCCUUGAGUCUGUUGCGGUCAGCAAUCUGGGAAAAUGGAAAACAGCAGCGCAAAUGACUGCUCUAAGUAUCCUUCUUGCUACCAGAGACCCAAGAGCUGGUGUGUCUCACUUGCUGAAAUAGAAAAUGAUCAAUUUGAAGGGCCGAAGCCUGCACCAUGUAGAACCAUGCGUGGAUGACCAAGAUGGAUGUUGUUAAGUCGAUGAACAUGACAUUGUACAGAUGUUGACAGGAAUGCUAACAGAGCAUAACAGGAGUUUAAAAGGUUACUUAAAGAAAAGUGAACAUGGAUCAUUAUUAAAAUUCUCGGGAGGAUGUCGAAAAGGUAGAGAAAAUAUGGAGCAUCUAGUUUAUAACUUAAAUUUGAAUCUGCUUGAUGGAUGGGGAAUUGAUACAUUAUUAAACUUCCUUUUAGAUUUGAUGGGGAUAUGCUUCCUGUUAAGAUCUUGUGAAAACAUAUUUGCAUCUGCAGAUGCAGUUUUUCUCCUUGCAGGUUUAGAAGCUCCUUUCCUUCCAACAAUGAUAUUGCCAUAUUGGUUUUUGGUGAGCACUCAAAGGAAAAUGGUCAAAAUGUCACAUGCCAACCAUAAGUGAUUGUGGUAGGUGGCAGGUGAUAGCCGAUUCUAUUGGUGGACUAUGGCAUUCACUAGUUUUUAUCAGCUAAUGGUGCUUCCUCUCUUUGUCCAAGUAGAACACUAUAACUCUAUAACCCCAUUUAGCUAAUUCAGAAUCAACUAUAUGAGCUUGAAAUUUGUAAUUUUGCAAUAUUUUGUUCUGUCGUGCUCCUUUUUUGUCUUUGCUGUUCAUACAAUGAUUUUAUUGUCAGACAGGGAUGCUGAGGGCUUUCCAUCUAUUAAACUUUUUUAAUUUCAUGUGUAUGAAAAGUUUUUGCCGCUCUUUCUUUCUUUUUGGGGUAGUCGAGAAUGUUGCUUGCAGGUUUGGCAAUGAAUACAUACUGUCACCCUUCAUAAGGAUUUCCCCCGCUUGCAGAGUCCUUUUAAAAUUUGUGGUUGGUUUGCUAAUUGUUGUCGGUAGUGGCUGAUUCAUUUCAUUUAGUAAAAGUUGUGGCUCAUAACUCAGAAAAUUGCCUUGUAAUUAACUCAGCUUAGUAACUGCUCUAGAAUACCGGUGUUAUUGUGUUGAAAAUUAAAGGUCAUUUUAUGAUGCAUAAAUGGCACUGUGUCUGAACCAUGUAUUCAAAUGGUCAUCAAAACAGACUUGAAUAGUCUGUACUCUUAAUUCAUUCGAAAGCAGAAGCUGCAGAUCAGACUAUUAGAUGUAUGAAUAAGUAUGGAUGAAUUGUUAAAGUACAUAAUAUAUGGUAUUUUUUUUAAUAAGAAUUGACUGUUUAAGUUAAAAUUUAGCAUUAUGUGUUAUUAAGUAGGUCUUUGGAACAGCUAUUAGUUUAUGUGACAAGCAAUUCAGAUUUUAAAUAAGAAAACGGCCGGUCAACUAUUGAUUGUCAUGUAGAACUGAAAAGCAAAAGCUAUUAUGCAUGGUUUACCAUAAAAAAAAUGUUUAUAACUUCUACAAUGUUCUUACAAUAUCUUGCACCAAGAAAAUGAUCAGACUGUAUACCUGAUACCUUGCAACGAGAAAAGGAUCAGACUGUAUAAUCUCUUAGGGAAAAGCCUGCAAUGAUAUUUUUCAUUCACUAUACAUGAAAUCAAAUUUCACACUGUUUAGCUUGAUCAGGCGUUUGUGAUCAACAGUCUUCACUGAUAAAUUCUUAGUAUACUAAAUGGGUCUUUGGCAUAUCGCUCCUUAUGUUAGAUCAGCAAUGGCGGGCAUGUCUGUCCCAGUCUAUACCAGAGAGGAGAAAUCCAGUAAGAAUAAAAUAGCACCUGGAUGGUGGCAGUUUCGGAAGGUAAAAGCAACGAUUAAAGGAGCUUUUAUAGAGUAAAAAAGAAAGACAUUUUUUGAUGCUGUGUGUGAUACCUCAAGCCUUUGAGUACAAGCCAAGGCUGGCGAGGCCCCAUCAUCACAUGAUGGCCCAUUUCUAUGACAUGUUGUUCCCAUCAUACGGGCCAAGAGAAAAAGGUGAAUGAUAAAAUUAAAAAGAAAUGAUGACAACCAUCAAUGUGAUGAGGUAAGUGUGACUCCCAUGAAAUGCUGUUGAAGAAUAUCAUCUUCAUAACCGACUUGGUCUGAUGUGAACUUUGUGGUGCUUUACCACCAUAGUUUUUGAUCGAUAUAGCAUGACACUUUCUGAAUGUAAGAAACAAAAUACCUACACCAACUAAUGCAUUCUAUAAAUGCAGUAACUGUUUUAAAGAUUAUUAUAAUUUGGCAUGGAAGCAUUAAAAUACCACUAGGCAUUCAGGUGAAUAAACCAGAUGGUUAUACUUGUCAUCAUGGCCAUCAGCUGAGUCAAGAUUAAAACAUUCAGGCCUUGCCAUGAGCCUAGAAGGCUAUAGCUGAGAUUUGUGCUUCAAUGGCUUUGGUAUUUUGACCGUUAGAACGCCGUCGCUAAAAUUGAGCCGGGAGUAUCAAGAAUUAAAAAAGGGAACAUAAUCACUUUUUAAUAGCCCGACUCCAACAACUCAAGUCUUUAACUAAUCCCUUUUGACCUUUUUUUAAAAAAAUAUUUUUUGUGAAUUACAAAGCCUGGGUUUCCCUUGAUUUCUAGUUCUAAGUUUGCGGCGUAUUCCUCUAGAUCUCGAUUUCUGGCCUCUCUACCCUUAUAAAUAUGGAGACCAAACCCUC